AUGCCCAAGAACGCCCCCGCAGACGACAAGCCUACCGUCACAUUCAGCUCCGGCCGCACUCAGCAGGACGGCUUUGCCUUCUCCUCACAGCCCGACUCCCCCCCCGACCUGCGGCUUUUACACUACAACGAUGUGUACCACCUCGACUCCUCGAGUGCUGAGCCCAAGGGUGGCAUAGCCCGUUUCAUUACCGCCGUCAACCAGUAUCGGAGCGAGGACCGGUUCCGCACCGAGCCUGAGUUGAUCACGCUCUUCUCGGGCGACGCUUUCAACCCAAGCCUCGAGAGUUCCGUGACCAAGGGUGAGCACAUGGUGCCCGUGCUCAACUCCAUCGGUACCGACUGUGCCUGUGUCGGGAACCAUGAUCUCGACUUUGGCGUCAAGCAGUUUGAGCACCUCGCCCGCAAGUGCACCUUCCCCUGGCUCCUCGCCAACGUGCUCGACCCGGCCCUCGGCGAGGACGUGCCCCUCGGUAAUGCCAAGCGCACCCACUUGCUGACCGCCUCCAACGGGCUCAAAGUUGGUCUCAUCGGCCUGGGUGAGCGCGAGUGGCUCGAGACCAUCAACUCUCUGCCGCCGAAUCUCAUCUACAAGUCCGCCACCGAGACGGCCAAGCAGCUCGUCCCCGGCCUACGUGAAGCCGGCGCCGACAUUGUCAUCUGCGUCAGCCAUCAGCGCGAGCCCAACGAUGACAGCUCGCUCGCCAGACGGAUGGGCUCUUCGACUCAUCUUCGGCGGCCAUGA